GUUUUCCCCUCUGCGCUGCAGUCCUUCUGCAAGAGCAAGAGCCAUAUCCCCCUCCGUCGCCUGGAAAAGAGAUUCUUCCAUCAAUCCACAAGACAUUAAAUAAAGCAAGCUCCGGACUCUCAACUGUUUUUUAUUUCAACUGAUCAACAAAUAAUGUCCGCAACAGCAAAUAAAAGGAACCCACAAAAGAUCUGUUUCUUUGACUGGCUGAUUAAUGAGAUCAACAGCAGAAAUUAUGAAGGGUUGUAUUGGGUCGAUGAGGCCCACACCACCUUUCGAAUCCCCUGGAAACACAAUUCAAGAAAGGACCUUGUGGCUGAUGAUUACAUGAUUUUCAAGGCAUGGGCUGUAGUCAGCAAAAAAUACAACGAACAUCCAUCAGAUCCAUCCAGAUGGAAAACCAACUUCCGUUGUGCUUUGAAAAGCACAAAAAGAUUUGAAGAAUUAAAGUCAAAUGAUCCUGAUUACCAUGAAUAUAGAAUCAUCCCUCUCAGGACAGCACCAGCUGCCAUCCCUCCUGGUACAAGGGUUGGGAGUGACCAUGGUAAUGAUGACUUACGUGCCAGCCCUGCCAGUGAAGGAGCCCGAGGUUUUGAACAGACUACAUCUCCAUUUCAGCAGGAAAUAGAUGUUGCUUUUAGAACUCUGUCCCUGGAUAAUCCAGUCCCAGAGCCAAAUGUGAAUACCGCUGAAAACAUCUACGUGUGUAGUGGUGAUACACUCCAGUGGGUUCUACAGCAAGCCAACUUGAAUAUGGAUGGACUCCAGCCAGUCUCAUGGGCUCCAACUUCAGAUGAUCAUCUCAUAGGACAGGUUUCUUAUCAACAAAACAGUGCCUAUGCAGUCCCUCAUGUUGACCAAAAUAGCUACCACCAUCUAAGGAAUGAAGCAAUGAAUGAAGCAGUUGAAAACAGCUAUUAUGAAGAGCCAUCCAGGUGCCUGGCUGAAAUCAAAAGAGAUGUGAAUUCUCAGUCAGCUGCCACUCUUGCUUUGCAGCAGGCUCAACAGAACUCUCCUGCCACCAAUCAUCUUAAUCAUUUGGUUGAAAAUGUCCCUGGUCAGAACAACUGUUUCAUUGAGAAUGUUUUCAUGGAUGAAGAACCUGUGGGAAAUGGAGUGAUGAUGUGUAGCACAGCAAGCCAUCAUCCCAUGAUGGAAGGGAGCAUAUGUCCACUGCCAGCUGUACCCCUAGUUGAACAACCUUCUGUCAACGCUGCUCCAUUGCAGAACAACACAGGACCAGUUUCUUUUGGCUUGGAUGUCUCCAUCUAUUACAGGGGAAGGCUGCUAUGUGAAACUGGAGUGGUAGCAAGUAGCUGUUUGUUUACUUACAACAACCACGACCACACCCAAGUGCUAGACAACCCGCAGAUAAUACAGUUUCCAAAUCCAACAAAGCUUCCUGAUCAGAAACAAGUUCAGCACACCUUGACUGUGCUGCAGAAUACAGGUCUACUACUUUAUCAGCAGAACAAGAAACUUUGUGCCAAGCGCCUUGGUAAAUGUAAGGUCUUCUGGGCCUUCUCCAAGCAGCUGGAUAACAUGGCUCAGCACCCAGAACCCAAAGUGUUGCCACGGGAGGCAGAAGUGGAGAUCUUCAACUAUGAAAAAUUCUGUCAAGAACUUCAGCAGUUCCGUGAUGGUCAAAGAAAGUCAUCUCCUGACUAUACCAUCUACCUGUGCUUUGGACAGUGUUUUUCUGUUGCCAGGCCUAAGGAAUCUAAACUAAUUUUGGUGAAGUUGGUGCCAGUAUUUUGUAAAUACUGGCAUGAACGUGUGCUGAGGGACGGAGUCUCAUCCUUGAACAGCGAAAUCGAGAGCCUACAGUUCUCCAAUAGUCUCUUUGAUAUGAUGGAAUACCUGAGUAACAUCUGUAUGCAGAGUGAGGUGGUACAUUGAAUGCCCUGUUUCUGGACAUUUGUUAUACACAAGGAAGUAUAAUUUAAAAAGCUCUGUUUCUAGGUCUUGAAAUUAUGUCAGACUUCACAACCUGUGCUGACAGGGCUGCAGUUCAUCUGAGGAAGGAACUACCUAUUACUUUGAUACAGAGAUGUGGGUGAGAAACAGACCCCCCCCCCCAACCUGAGUUCUUCCCAGUAGCUUUUUGGAACACUUGCCCUGUUACAUGGCACCACAUUAUGAAUUUCUUCACCCUUGUCACUGGCAGCCAGUAUUGCGAUUUGUAGGCAAGGAAACUCACACAACAAAUUCUUUGCUGUGUAGUAAGGAUAGUCUUUCCAAAUCAGGUGUCCACCACGUGAUAUGAUGUUUGGUGCCGAUUUUGAGAAGCCAGUUCAAUGCCAAUCAGACUUGGUGGGGGGAGUUCCACAAAGGUGGCAUUACAGCAGAGAAAGUUCUGUCCUAUAUUCUCUCACAGAUGGGAAAUCGAGGGGAGACCCUCACUCCUUAGGCAAGUGGAUAUAAGGAGAGACACUCCUUUAAGUAGUGACGUUUAAGCUAUUUGAGUGUCUUUGAAUGUCAUCAUCAGCACCUUGAAUUCAGGCCAAAACUGAAGUGGCAAUGAAAUAACUUAAACAAGAUUUUAAAAACGUAUUAAACAACUGUUAUUAAACUGUUUUAACUUGUUAAAUUGUUUGAUAAAUUUUGUUUUAAAUUACUGUAUAUAUUCAACUUUAAGUUGACCUCAUGAAUAA